AGCGGGCGGGCGCCGGAGCUCACACUGCACCGUCCAUCGCCCGCACCGCCUGCACCGCAGCCCGCCCCGCGCAGCAUCUGCCUACCUGGAUACAAAAUGAUUUGUCCACAUAGCAAUCGUGCUUCUCCCAUUUCAGCAUUUACACCGGACGUCCCUGUAAAGAGCUGCCUACCAGCUGCCCUUCCCCAGCUGCCGGAUGCCCUCCAGGCCAGGUGGAGCGGAGAGCCGACCCUGCUGGUCAUGCCGAACCCAUCUGAUGGCUGUCCCAUGAGGUCAAGACUGGGUCUCGUCCCUUCUCCCACGUUACCAAUGCCUGGUCUCAUGGGGUUAGUUUUGAACCUAACACGAUGGCCUCAUCCACCCCCCUCCCGGCUUCUGGCGCCAGGUCUAAGAAGCCUUUGGCCAAGAUGGCUGGCUGGCUCAGGCAGGCACUGUCCAAGAAGCCCAAGGAGAAGCCUGUGUCCCAGGAAACCGCCUCCAGUCAUGCUCCACUCCAGCGCUCGGAUGAUCCCCCAUGCCCCGGCCUCAGCUCCUCUGCAUCGGCUGAGUCUCCCACUGCCCUGCCACCUGCACUGGAGAGCACCUCCUGCAGCAGCAGUGGUGGGGGCGCAGCCAGCGGCAGCAGUGAUGGGGGCGCCGCCAGCGGCAGCAGUGGCCGCUGGAGCAGGGACUACGACGUGUGCGUGUGCCACAGCGAGGAGGACCUGGCGGCUGUGCAGGAGUUGGUGGCCUACCUGGAGGACAGCCCUGCCAGCCUGCGCUGCUUCCUGCAGCUGCGGGACUCCGCCCCGGGCGGCGCCAUCGUGUCCGAGCUGUGCCGGGCGCUGGACAGCAGCCACUGCCGCGUGCUGUUCAUCACUCCCGGCUUCCUGAGUGACCCGUGGUGCAGGUACCAGAUGCUGCAGGCCCUGAGCCAGGCCCCGGGGGCCGAGGGCCGCACCAUCCCCCUGCUCGUCGCUGGCCUGGCCAGGGCCGCCUACCCGGCCGAGCUCCGCUUCAUGUACUUCGUGGACGGCCGGGGGCCCGACCAAGGCUUCCGCCAAGUCAAGGAGGCCAUCCUGCGCUAUCUGCAGCACAUCAGCUGACACUCUGCCAUCACCGAGGGACCCAGGAAGCUGGCACAAGCUGGAAAUGAAGUGAGCGAGCACAGGGCCUGGACCCCACUGUGUGACAGGGUCCAAGGAGCCAGAGUUGGUAGCGAUUUGUAUGUGAUGCCGGGAUCAGAUUGCCCAGCGGGCUUCCAUUAUUGUGGGCUCCUCAAGAAGGCCCUGAAGAAGCUGGGGACUCCCCUGGAAGGCGCUGGGGAAGCUGGGGACUCCCCCAGGAAGGCCACGAGGAAGCUGGGGACUCCCCAGGAAGGCCAUGGGGAAGCCAGAAAGAGUUGGUAGAAGGUGCUGAUACCAAGAUGACCACCCGUGUUUUGCCUCCUCCUUAUGGGACGUGAGUCUGGCACAUCCCUAUGUCUUCUUCCCCUGGGAUCGGGCUCUGGUGUAGAGACGCCUUCCUCCUGAACAGGUGGCUCACCUGGUGAAUCAGCUAGAAGCCUAGGGGGCAUGUUUGUUUAUUCCUGUUGCCGGGGAAACCCUGGGACAGCUGUCAGGAGGAAGGCACAGGUGUGGGUCUCUCACCCUCACACUGCUGCCUUCUCUUCCCCUUCACUCACUUUAGAAAGCUACAUGGACCUGCACUCAGCACCGUGCUGUAUUUAUUUUACUGCGUGCAGGUCAUGAAAGACUCAACUCUAGAAACCAUUCUGAAUUAGACUAGAGAGGACAGGGGGCGGGCGGGGGGGGGUAAAGAGAAGGAAAGUUCGGACCUUUGAAGUGGGAUCAAAAGCCCGCCCACGCUUUGACAUGUGGGGCCGCAUUAGGGGUCUGGCUGGAGCCCAUGCUUUGCAGUAACUUCGUCACCUCUGCACCGAGAGAAACCAGCAUUUUUCUCCUGCCAGAGGACUGUGUGCCCUUGUAGGCCAGGCAAGGUUCCUUCAUCAGUUCUCAGUAAAAGUUGAUUGUUGAACCGAAAUCAAUCUCAUUCCCCCAAUGUGUACUAUUGUGCCUCUUCUCUCACUUCCCCCUCCUUUUACUGAAAAAUAUUUAUACAUAUAUUAUAUAUAUUUGUAAUUGAGAUACGAUUGGCAUAUAACAUUAUGUUUCAGGUAUAUGAGUCGAUAUUUGUAUAUAUUGUGAAAAUUUUUUGUAUUGUUAACUAUGAAUUAUUUUAUUACACACAACAGGGCUAAAGCAUACUGUCGUGUACACUCACGUACCUUCCACCCAGCUGAAGAGGUAAAACGUUACCACCCCUAGGGUGUUCCCUCUGUGCCCUAAUUUUCUUCCAAAUUAGUUGUGUUAAUUUAUGUCCUUACCACUUGUGUAUGAGUUCCCACUGUUUGAUGUUCAUGCUAACACUUAGAAUGAUCAGAUUUGAAAAUGUUUGCUAAUCUGAUGGGUGAAACCUGGUAUCCUAUUAUCAUAAUAUUCUUGUUUUCCUUCUUAUCUUUUUUUAUGAAGAUUUGGUGAAUCCCCAUAUGUCCAAUGCCCAGCUUCAACAAUGACCAACCCAGAGCUAAGCUUAUAUCAACACUAGAGGCCCGGUGCACGAAAUUCGUGCACUGGGGCGGGGGGGGGUCCCCUCAACCCAGCCUGCCCCCUCUCACAGACUGGGAGCCCUCAGGGGAUGUCCUACUGAUGGCUUAGGCCCGCUCCUUACUAUGGUUUUUAAUAACCUUGAUAACUUAUAGGUCAGUCCUUUCUACUCUGCUUUUUCAUCAAAACCACUUUGACAUUCCUUUCUUCUUUUAUAGAAAUGAUUUUAUUUGUCAAGUUUUAGGAAAAUGCCUGGUUUUUGUUUGUUUUGUUUCUCUACUGGGCUGACAUAGAGUUGAGAGAUUCAUUUUGGAAGAAUAGAUUUUUUUUUAUGAUAUGUGUCCCUUUUUUGAUGCUUUAAAUGUAUUUCAAUAAAGCUUUAUAAUCAUU